GAUCACGUGACCGAGUGUGUGCAUGUUUCUGAGUGUGAUCACGAAACCGACUGUGAUCACGUGACCGAGUGUGUUCAUCUUUCUAUGUGUGAUCACGUGACCGAGUGUGAUCACGUGACCGAGUGUGAUCACAUGACCGAGUGUGAUCGCAUAACUGAGUGUGAUCAAGUGACCGAGUGUGUGCAUGUUCCUGAGUGUGAUCACGUGACUGACUGUGAUCACGUGAGUGAGUGUGUGCAUGUUUCUGAGUGUGAUCACGUGAGCAAGUGUGAUCACAUGACCGACUGUGAUCACGUGGCCGAGUGUGAUCACGUGAGCGAGUGUGAUCACGUGGACAAGUAUGAUCACGUGACCGAGUGUGUGCAUGUGAGCGAGUGUGAUCACAUGACCGACUGUGAUCCCGUGGCCGAGUGUGAUCACGUGAGCGAGUGUGAUCAUGUGACCGACUGUGAUCACGUGAACAAGUAUGAUCACGUGACCGAGUGUGUGCAUGUGAGCGACUGUGAUCAUGUGACCGACUGUGAUCACAUGGACAAGUGUGAUCACGUGAGCGAGUGUGAUCAUGUGACCGAGUGUGAUCACGUGAGCGACUGUGAUCACAUGGACAAGUGUGAUCACGUGACCCGAGUGUGAUCACGUGACCGACUGUGAUCACGUGGACAAGUGUGAUCACGUGACCGAGUGUAAUCAUGUUACCGACUGUGAUCACAUGGACAAGUGUGAUCACGUGAGCGACUGUGAUCACGUGGACAAGUAUGAUCACGUGACCGAGUGUGUGCAUGUGAGCGAGUGUGAUCACGUGAGCGUGUGAUCACGUUGACAAGUGUGAUCACGUGACCGAGUGUGAUCAUGUGACCGACUGUGAUCACGUGGACAAGUGUGAUCACGUGACCGACUGUGAUCACGUGGACAAGUGUGAUCACGUGAGCGAGUGUGAUCACGUGACCGAGUGUGUGCAAGUCUCUGAGUGUGAUCACGUGUUCGAGUGUGAUCACGUGACUGACUGAGUUUGUUUAUAUUUGCAGUUUGUGUGUGUGUGCUUGAGAGAGAGAGCUGAUCACAGAUCUGCUCAGUUUAAUUAACUGAUGGAAUCAGCCGAGUUUGAAUCCGAGCUUGUGGUUUUAGGAAGUUCGGUCUCAGAUGAGUGGAGAUAAGUCAGAGCUCAGUUCCUAUGACGACCUUGUCUGGAGCUGAAGUGUUCAUUGUAUGGAUGGAAACUGAGAUGAGGGUUUAAUCAUCCCCUGCAUGAGUGUCAGUUGGAUCAUGAAUGUAGACCGAUCAGCCUGAUGUUGAAGCCAUGUUCAGCUCUGAAGAUUUAUCUGUUUGACUUUUAACUGAUACAGGUUUAACACUCACACCCCUUUUUUAUAAGUACACACACACACACACACACAGUGAACGCAGCAUGGAGGUCAAAUGUGACACGUUAAACAUGAAUUUCUGAAAUAAAAACAUUGACCCUAAA